AUUAGUCAAUUAACUUACACCAUACAUAAAUAGAUCUCCAAGUGUCUUUGAUUACUUGUAAAGUUUGUAACCAUUCUUGAUAUCAUUAAGAUGUUUUGCAAGAAUUUCCUUGUACCUUGAGUCUCCUCGAAGGUCUUCAUAAGCUUUUCUACUAAAAAAAAGAAAAAAAUUAUCAGAUUUUCAAAAUAAAUAAUAUAUAUAUUGAGAUAUAAUUUUAUUUGUUAUUGUACUUUUAAUCCGUCUGCAGCUGAGAAAAUUAUCUUAUUAUAUAUAUUCAUCAUGAUAACAAAUACAGAGGUCGAUAUAUAUACCUUAUCACAUAAUAUAUAUAACACUAUAAUAUUAUAAGCUUUCUAGAAAUUAUUUCAUUGAUCGAACUCUCUUAACCACCGUCAAUAGUAUAGAGGCUGCAGAGAGCAAAAUUCUUGAGCUUUUUGCUCCUUUCGAAUCGGUGUGAUUAACCAACAGUUGUCAUUUUGUUGUGAGAUUGCAGUUUUUUCACUAGACUUGUAGGGAUCUUACCCUUUAAUUAACCUUGAAUGAGGUUUCAUUUUUUUUUAAAAAAAAGAAGUGAAGUGUUUUUUCUUAUUAUUUUUUUUAAUUGUAAAAUAUGAUAUUUUUUGAAAAAGUAGCAUGCUCCUGUGCAGUGUAUACAUGUAUUAAUUUGAUCAAAAAAAUCAGUCAUGUCUGAGUUGCUGUUACUCAGUAUUUAAUGGAUGAAUAAAACUGUUUUGUUUAUCCAAACGAAACACAAAAUUAUAUUUAAUUUUAGGAAUCAAUGAUGCCAAUAUAAUAUUAUUAAUGAAGUUGGUGAGAAGAAGUGUUUGUAUAUGUUGAGUAAGCCCUUCUCCGCAAAGAAAGAGCAUUCUUGUUUGAUCGAAAACAUGGAGGAGAUGCCCCAAAUCCAUAUCCCAAAAGUCAAACUGGGUAGCCAUGGAUUAGAGGUAUCUAGACUGGGUUUUGGAUGUCAUGGAUUAUCUGGAGUAUACAACGCUCCUCUCUCUCAUGAAGAUGGUUGUUCUGUUAUUAAGCAGGCAUUUAACAUGGGCAUCACAUUCUUCGAUACUUCAGAUAGUUAUGGUCAAAGUCAUGAUAAUGAAUUCAUGGUUGGGAAGGCACUAAAACAGCUUCCUCGGGAAAAAGUUCAAUUGGCUACAAAAUUUGGUAUCAUGAAGUCAGAGGGAUUUCAGUUUGGUGUAAAAGGGACCCCGGAAUAUGUGAGAAAAUGCUGUGAAGCAAGUCUUCAGCGCCUUGGUGUUAACUACAUUGAUCUGUAUUAUCAGCACCGUGUCGAUACUUCGGUGCCAAUUGAGGAUACUAUGGGAGAGCUUAAAAAGCUGGUAGAGGAAGGAAAGAUAAAGUAUAUUGGACUAUCAGAACCUAGUUUGGACACAAUAAGGAGGGCCCAUGCUGUUCAUCCCAUUACUGCCUUGCAAAUGGAAUAUUCUUUAUGGAGUAGAGAUAUUGAGGAUGGGAUCAUUCCACUUUGCAGGGAACUUGGUAUCGGAAUAGUGGCUUAUAGUCCAAUUGGUCGUGGCUUUUUUGGUGGAAAAGCAGUUUUGGAAAGCUUACCAAAUGAGAGUCUUUUGUCAAUCCAUCCUAGAUUCAUUGGAGAGAAUUUGGAGAAGAACAAAAUGUUAUACAACAAACUUGCCAAUCUAGCUGCCAAACAUGCUUGUACCACUCCUCAAUUAGCUUUGGCUUGGCUUCUCCAUCAAGCCACCGACAUAAUUCCAAUCCCGGGGACAACUAAAGUUAAGAAUUUGGCCAACAAUGUUGGAUCUUUGGCUGUGAAGCUUUCAGAAGAGGACAUGAAAGAAAUUUGUGAUGCUCUACCUAUCAAUGAUGUUAGUGGUGAACGAGAUUUUGAAGUUCUAACCAAAUUUUCUUGGCAGUUCGCUGAUACUCCUUCAAAAUAAUCCUAUAAUAUUUUUCCCUUCAAAAUAAUCCAACAAUAUUUUUCUGUUAUCUCGUCUCUCAUUUUACAAUAAGUGUACCUAAUAAAAUAAACGAAGUGUACCGUGCACCCCUAGCCUGUUCCCAGCACGACAUUAGUUUAUAAUUCUACUGAAGCUAGUGUAAGGGAGGUCAAUGCCUAACCGAUCCCUAAUCUGUUUGUUUUCUUUCUUGCUCUACAAAUCUUAAUACGAUAGCCCAUGAUCUAGCCAAGCUUGCUUUGUCAAUGUCAAGCUCCAAGAUUCGGUGGCCUGUUAAAAUAGGCUUGUUAUAUUUCCUUUAUUGGUCUUUUACUGCCACUAGUUUGUGGUUACAUUCCGUUGUGUUCUGUUAUGUUGGUUAAUUUGGUUAGUUGGUUCUUGUAACUAACUUUUUAACUAACUACAUAUUGUAAUCUUCUUGAGCUUGAGCUAUAUAAAGCUCACUCCCUUCUUUGAUUCAUUAAUGAGAAAUUCACUCUGUUUUCCUUCU